AUGGCUCGGCCAACAACCCGGUCCCGAGCCAGGGACGGCUUUCCUGCAGCAUCAACUGUUCAAACGGUGCCACAGAAACGCAAGAGAGCCGGUCCGAAGUCAAAGAGCUCUACAAAAUUGCCCUCCUUCAUUGAGAAUGAAGAUUUGGGAGCAGUCGAGGAUAGUGGGGCUUCUGCCUCGCCGGUGGCUCACAAUGAACCCUCGCAUGAGGCAUCACCGAGGAUCAAGCUCAUCUUCAGAAGCCCUCAAACAGGGACGCCCGACUCCCAAGUAAAAUCCACCGAACCUCGAAUUACAUCUCCACUUGUGGCUGACGGUUCUCAGAAUUUUGGCAGUCCUUCUUUAGUUCCAUCGCCUACGGAAGGCGAUUCUGGUAUCUCACUUGCCAGUGCUGAAAAGGAAGGAUCCUUUCCAAAGGAGACCGGUGUCUAUGGGAUUUCAACAGAGCCUACAGAGCCUAUUUCCUUGACAAAUUCCGUCGAUACAAAUGCUGCGGUUCUUGAAGAGCAGUCUCUCGGCAAGAUUGAUGCUCCGCCUGUUACGGUCUCGGAGGCUCCGAAUGAAACGUUGACCCCAUCAGCUCCUUCUGAGGUGACUCGCAAUCUAGACACUGAUCCAGAUAUUCUUGCCCAAUCUGCGAUUCCUGUCAAUGGCAUUGAGACUAACGAGCAAUUGCUUGAUGCAAUUGAUACCAAUGAAUCGGUCACAACUCCACAACCCACCGUUGUUGUGCAGGACACUCCAGCUCUCAUUGAACUUCCACACAAUCUGGGAUUUCUGCCUGCGUCGACUGGUGUUGCCAUCUCUACUGUGCCUGCCAGUGGUAUUCCUAAAGAGACUCAAUCUCAGCCUCUCCGUGAGAACGAUGUCACCGUCCCGGUUGCAAAUGAUAAGCCUCUGGUUGAUACCGCUGUCCCGACAGCCUCAGCAGCUCAGGAAGCAGAUACACCGAAAAAGCCAGUCAAGAAAUCCAACUACGGCUUGACUCCUGGUCGAAGCCCAUAUCCUGAUUUCAAAGCACCAUCUGCAGAGGCGUGCCACAUAGUCAAUGACCUACUCACACAGGCCCAUGGGGAAGUCAUUGCCCCCAAGACGAUUCCUGAACCUUCACUCACCGUUACUGGCUGCGGUGAGGUCCCCUCGGUGCUAGAUGCUUUGAUCCGUACUCUUCUCAGCGGUGCCACUACUGGAAGCAAUUCCGCCAAAGCCUUCAACGGGCUCGUGCAGCGAUUUGGGACACUUACGGAGGGAAUCGGCAAGGGUAGUGUGAACUGGGAUGCUGUUCGGCGGGCGCCAUUGCAUGACGUCUUCAAAGCUAUCGAACAAGGUGGCUUGGCAGACAUCAAAAGCAAGAACUUGAAGGCUCUGCUGGAUCAAGUCUACGAGGAGAACCAAGAGCGCAAGAAUCGGCACAAUGCCGAGGAUUCUGCUACCGACAUUGAGAAGCCAGGCAUGUCAUCUGACGAAGCCAAAGAGGCUGAUGAGGCCAAGGAGUACGAUAUCGCCAGUGCCAACGAUCAUUUCCUCAACCUUCAAUACGUACACAAGUACAGCAAAAACAAAGCUUUGAAGGCUCUGAUCAGGUAUCCCGGUAUCGGACCCAAGACGGCAGCCUGCGUGCUUCUCUUCUGUCUGCAACGCCCUUGCUUCGCGGUCGACACACACAUCUUCCGUAUCUGCAAGUGGCUUGGCUGGGUGCCGGAGAAAGCUAAUGAGGUCACGGCCUUCAGCCAUCUGGACGUCAAGAUCCCUGAUGAGCUGAAGUACUCCCUUCACCAGCUUUUCAUCAAGCAUGGCAAAGAGUGUCCACGCUGCCGGGCAAUUACCAGUCCAACAAGCGCAGACUGGGAGAAGGGGUGCGUCAUUGAGGAACUGGUCAAGCGGACAGGAAGGAAGAUAGUAGGCCCCUCUUGCCUGCAUACGCAGGCUGGGCCUGCAAAGCGAAUUUCAAAGACAACCAAGAAGAUUGUCAAGAGGACCGCCAACGGCAAGCGUGCUACCAAGGCCAAGACCACCAGAAAGACGGCAACGGUCACUCGUGCGACAAGGAAGUCUACAGAAAUCCAAUCGGAUACUCUGCAGGGCCCAUCCGCUGAAGCUGUAGAGCAACCGGGAGAGUCCCAGCCUCCGCAUGAUCAAUCUCAGAUGUCGGCACAGUCGGGAACUUUGAAGCGCAAGCGUGGCAACUCAGAUGCUAAGGUUCCUCUUAGAAAGCAGCCAAGUCGCACCAGCAAGAAGACUUAUCAGGCUGUUGCUUCAAAGGCGAAAUCUACACGAAAGGGGAAGAGGCCUGCUUCAAAGAAGACUGCCGCUAAGAAGUCGAGCACUCGGAAGCCAGCGAAGAAGCCACAGCCUGCUGCUCCCACUGGAACUCGCACGUCGCAACGGUUGAAACUGAUUGUCGGGCAGAAAUCUUGA